UCACCCUAGUACAGAAGAGAAGUGAUAUUUUGUCAGUCGCGUCGCGCCGCUUGGGCUGUGCCUGCUCGGAAUAAACCGGAUUAACCCCGGGGAUGGGGCGUGCGCGGUGCCCGCCGCCCGCCGCUUGCGCAUCCGACGGAUUGGGGCAGAGUCAUUCACCAAUGGAGACGGAGGAUGUGGCCAUAUAUGGUUUGUGGUUACAUGGGGUGACGGGGUACCUGCAGACUCUGGGAUCCAAUGAGAGGGCACGGAGUGUUGCAUCACCGAGUGGAAGCAGCGAGAGCGAACAAUGCGGCCGGAGAUCAUGCUUCUCAUGCGGAGGGACAGCGGCUCCAUGGACUAGGCUGCACAUCCAGCACCCAAGCUGCGAGUCUGGUGGCGAGGUCUCAACGCUGCUGUCAAGCUGCCGCAACCACACAACCAGCAGUAGGUUUGUGCAAUUCCGAAAUGUCUCUCGCCGUGACUGAGGCACCUAUUGGAGUCCCGGACCAUCAGCAGCCGCGGCCGGUUGACGUGAACCCGCUCAGCGAGUUCUCAGCAAGUACACCACCCUCUGAACUUGUGCUGAACAACACAGGGCAGGCAGCACCCACUGAUCUGGAAUCUGCUGCUGGAGUCCCGAGUGAAAUGGCUUCGUCAAAAAAGGAAGUGCCUGAGAACAAUGAUGUGCUUCAGCUGGUCUCACAGAGUUUGGGAUCUCCUGGCUUAAGGCUGUGCACCACAAGUAAAGACGGUGAGGUCAAACUGAGAACGGACGAAUCCGGGAAUUCUGAGCAGCCGCCGAUCACGGUGCACCAAAUGUUCACGGAGUCUGUUGAGAAAUUCCUUGACUACGUGGCGCUUGCUUCAAAGCAAGGUGAACAGUGGAAGAAGAUGACAUUCAAGCAAUAUUAUCAUGAAUGCAGGGAUGCUGCCAAGAGCUUUCUGAAGCUUGGGCUCGAGCGGUUCAAAGGUGUCGGUAUCCUUGGCUUCAACUCUCCAGAAUGGUUCAUUGCAGAUAUUGGAGCAAUUCUAGCUGGUGGAGUGGCUGUUGGAAUCUACACUACAAAUUCGCCUGAAGCCUGUCACUAUGUAGCAAACGAUAGUGAAGCAAAUAUCUUGGUGGUAGAGAACAACAAGCAACUGCAGAAGAUCUUGCAGAUUCAAGAUCAGCUACCACAUCUAAAAGCAAUUGUACAGUACAAGGAGGAACUGAAAGAGAAAAGACCAAACCUUUACACGUGGUCAGAGUUCAUGCAGCUCGGGAAGGACGUGCCCGAUUCACAGUUGGAUGAGACCAUUGCCUCCCAAAAGCCCAAUCAAUGUUGCACACUCAUCUACACUUCAGGGACCACUGGGAAGCCAAAGGGAGUCAUGUUGAGCCAUGAUAACCUAACGUGGACAGCGAAUGCAGCAGGAAAUAUGGUGAACCUUCGGCCAGCCACUGAGUUUCAGGAGUCUAUUAUCAGCUACCUCCCGCUUAGCCACAUUGCUGCUCAGAUGAUCGACAUCUGGCUGUCCAUAAAGUUUGGAGGAACCACUUACUUUGCACAGCCUGAUGCACUGAAGGGCUCGUUGGUGACUACUAUGAGAGAGGUGCGACCAACGGCAUUUAUGGGUGUUCCUCGUGUCUGGGAGAAGAUGCAAGAGAAACUAAAGACAGUCAGUGCAAAAUCUUCAACUGUAAGGAGGAAAGUGGCUUCCUGGGCAAAGGACAUCGGUUUGAAAACCAAUCUUGAUCGCAUGAAUGGAAAUAUGGCAGUACCCUGGAACUUCCGUCUAGCCAACAAACUGGUGUUCAAAGUGGUUCGGAACGCACUGGGAUUGAAUCGUUGCACCAAGUGUUAUACUGGAGCGGCUCCAAUAACCAAAGACACGCUGGAGUUUUUCCUUAGUCUCAACAUCCCCAUAUACGAGUUGUACGGAAUGAGUGAGAGCUCGGGACCACACACCAUUUCAGUACCGAAUUCCUUCCGGCUUUCCAGCUGUGGAAAGGUGAUGACAGGCUGCAAAACGAAGAUCUUCAACCCUGACGCAGACGGCUGUGGCGAGAUCUGUUUCUGGGGCAGGCAUCUGUUCAUGGGGUAUCUGAACAUGGAGGAUAAGACGCAAGAAGCAAUUGACGAAGAUGGUUGGCUGCAUUCGGGAGAUCUGGGCAAACAUGACGAGAAUGGCUUCCUUUAUAUAACAGGAAGAAUUAAAGAGUUGAUUAUUACCGCCGGUGGAGAAAACAUACCGCCUGUUCCCAUUGAGGACGCUGUGAAGGAACGUGUACCGAUCAUCAGCAAUGCUAUGCUGAUCGGAGACAAACGCAAGUUCCUGUCCAUGUUAUUGACACUGAAGUGCAAUGUAAACAGUGAUACGGGAGAACCACUGGAUGACCUAACAGAGGAGGCAAUUCUGUAUUGCCAGACGAUAGGUUGCAAAGCCACCAAAGUAUCAGAAAUCUACUCCAGCAAAGACGCAGCUGUCUUUGCUGCCAUUCAGGAAGGCAUCAAUCGUGUGAAUGAAAAGGCCUUAUCCAAUGCUCAACGAAUUCAGAAAUGGUGUCUCUUGGAGAAGGACUUCUCCAUUCCAGGUGGAGAAUUAGGUCCAACAAUGAAACUGAAGCGACCCGUGGUCCUGAAGAUGUACAAUGAGCAAAUUGAUGACUUCUAUAAAGAUGCAAUAACUCCAGUCACUCCAGAUAAUCCACUCCCAGGGAAAUAGAAUCAGCAGUUACCGCAGAGUGAAACACCAGCUGGAAUUGUGCACUCUUUUAUAUUUUUAAUUAUUGCAAUUGUGUUCACGUUUUACGUUUACUUGUAAGGUUGGAUUUAUUUGAAGGAAAUGCUGAAAUCAUUUUCAUAUUUCAUUAAUGUUACAAUGGGGAAACUAAUUGUGCUGCAUUUGUACUAGCCAGGGACUCGAUAGGUUCAACAAGUCGUAUGGAGACCAUGAAUUUGUGUGUUUAUAGCUUUGGCACAGCCCUUGUCUCAGCACUGCAACCAUUGAAAAGUUCGGUUAUCAUAUUUAAAUGUACAAGUACAUGUGAGAAAAAUGUUGACAUUUGGCUUCACUGAAAGAAGUCAAACUGCUUUUGUCUUAAAAUGUAGUAAGUUUGAAAGGCAGGCAGCAAACAUUCUGUUGAUAGUGAUGUGCUUUGGGAUACAGAAGAAAAUGUUGUUUACAAAAUCCAUAUUGGAAGGUUGAUAUUCUAUUAUACACGAUUACAGUCUCCAAAGAAAUGUUAUAUCAUUUUACUUUUGAUAGCCACAUGUCUGUAAAGAAUAUUAUUCCAGUUGUUUUUGUACAGCCAAAAAAGAAUUAUUUAAGCUUGUCAUAAACUAUGUCUUUGUUUUGGCUAUUUAUUGUUCAUAAAGUUGCCAUGAAAUAUAUUUUUGUGUUUUAGGUGUGCAUUUUGUAGAAAUACUGUACAGCCCUAUCGGAGAAAAUGAAAUAGAAAAUCAAAUGAUUCAUUUUUAUACGUGAGAAGCCAUAUGACAUGGUAAUGCUUUAAAUACUGCAGAAUCAUCUGCCUUGUACCCUCACAAUGCAUCAGCAUAAUUGACGGAUUAGAAUAGUCUGUUUGCAUUCAUGCCACUACUUUUGCUCCAUUCUCUCCCAUUUUCUUUAAGUUAAAAGAAACACAGGUUUCUCUGUGCUCCACGGAAUCUGCAUAAUCUAUCCUUUGACUAAAGUUGCAUCUUGUAAGCAGCUGGUCUCUUAUCCCCGCCCGCCAGUUCCUAUCAGAGUUCCUGUGGUAACAACUUUUAAGUUUUAAUUGUGAUUUGCCCUUCUUGUGCUCAGUUUAAUGUGCCUCCAUACCAGACACCUGGGAAGCAGUUCUGGGCUCAUAGCCUUUUUUAAAGUGCCUGUUUAUUCCCCUGCGUGUGGAAUGAAAUAACCUGUCACGAUUGUGCAUCUCUCACUCCUCAUUUGUGAAAUAAAUUCCUAGCUAGGUAGCAGAAGCGUUGCAGCACGACACGCGAUCACUACCUGUCUCUUUAGUUGCCCCAGGCGUCUGUAUUUGUAGUACCCUUACAACAAACUACUUUUGCCUCCACGCCAACGGCCUGCUUUGCUUGCACUUCCAGGAUUGACUGCUUGCUAGAUGAUGCAUUGUGAAGCCUUUCUAUGAUAAAUGGGUUGAAUUUAUUUGCUGCUGAAGCUUUGAAAAUCGGGCUUCACGUGCUUGUGUGGUUAAGGUGCAGCUGAAUGAGACUCCAAUAUUUUAAUCACAAGGCUGUUUUUUCUUAAGAUACCAAAUGUCUCAAGGCUGAACCCCUUUGACCAGCUCUAUACUUUGGAGCCUUGCAAUUUUCUGACUGCUUGUUUAAUUUUUGACAAAAGAAUAUGUAAAUGUUUACCAAUGGUGCCUAUUGAGGCAAGCCCUAUAAUCCAUUUAAAACAGGAUCGGACUAAGGAUGGGAAAGACCGACAAGUUAGUUGGAGAUGAGAUGAAGCUCAGCUGUAAUUGAACAAAUAACUCUUGAGUGUAUUGGGGGAAAUGACCUUUCUACCAAAACAUCAGGGAGGAGUGUUGGGAAUCAAAUUUUCAGUGUCUAUUAUUGCAUGUUUUUAUUCACAACACUCUUUACAAAUGAUGGCUUGUGCCGUUCCUUAGUUUUUAAGAUUGAAUGGUAGAGGUAUUAACCAGGAAACGACCAAUUUGUUUACAUUUGACUGAUUUAAUAAAACUUAGGCAGCAACUUGGUCAAUUCACAAAAAUGUUCCACUUAAAAUGACAGGAUGUGAUCUCAAUGCACAGUUUACACAAUCCCACUUUCCAUCCAGUUUGCCUCUGACAGGAAGGUAAAAUAAAGGUCAUUUGUUUUCGUCCUCUGUGUGUGUCUGUAUAAAUGUAAUAUCUGAUCGGAUGUGUUAAGCUAUAGGCAGUUGUUAAGAAUGAGGACAGUGCUUUAAACUCUCAGAAAUCCACACUGAACUUUGUCCAGUGAGUACCACUUCACAGUUAACUCCAGAUAUUUUGGCUAACAGGUUAAUUUUUUUUUAAUAUAUCACUUCAUGAGAACGAAUGUUGUUUGAGGUCUAAUUAUUGUUAUUUUUCAUGAAUAUUAACUCCAUCUAGACUGUAUUCAGUGUAAAUAUGGGUAUUGUAUUAGGUAAAUUAUUGCUGCAGCAGACUGUAAAUUUUGCAUGAACUUGUACAAAACAAUUCAAACAUUCGUGUGUUUCAUGGCAUCAUGAUGGAAUGUGUUGCAAAUAAAGUUGUGAAAUCAGUGACUUUCCAGGAGGUCAUGGUGUAACCGACAAA